GGAGCUUGAGUUGGGCUUCUAUCAGUGCUGCGUGGAGCGGAGGAGCGACAUCAGACUGGCUGCCUCUAAUUCUUCUUCUUCUCCUUCUUCUCCUCAUACUCGACCCACGAGAUCAUGUCCCGUUACGAUCCACAGAAUACAAUACUAACAUGCAUCUCCAGACCACAAUUGUCCUCCAGCGAGGGUGCUCUGAAUCCACCGACUAUCUGGUUUCAAGCCAAAUUUCUCGAGGAUGAUGGAAGCCGUCACUCCCCGGCCACACCAUUAGAGUGCAAGCAUGGAGGAAAUGGACUUUGAGCGGCGCCGGGAGCUGAGGAGGCAGAAGCGGGAGGAGAUGCGCCUGGAGGCCGAACGGUUGUUAAGGAACGACGACGACGAGGAGGAGGCCGCCCGCGAGAGGAGGCGCCGGGCCCGCCAGGAGAGGCUGAGGGCCAGGGAGAACGAAGACUCCACCGGGCAGCCCGACAGUCAGGUCACGACCAACUGCCACAGCGUGACAGAAAGCGUCUCAGCCAGCCACUCUUUCGGCGGGUGCGGCGAGGAAGAGGACCAAGCGCUGCUGGACCGCAUGGCCAAGCGCGAGGAGCGCAGGCAGCGUCGUCUGAAGGAGGCGCUGGAGCGACAGCAGCAGUCGGACGAGACAGAAGGCCGCGACGGCGGCAGCGCGGAGAAGAGCGAAACGGCGCGGGAGGAGGAGGAGGAGGAGGAGGAGGAGGAGGAGCAGAAGCCUUCCUCCUGGUGUCGGGAGAAAACGUACAGCUCGAGGAGAGAGGAGAAGGAGCCGGAGGUGGCCAGAGAGGAAGAAGAGGUUGCUCCUGAGGAGGAGAAAGUGACGGAGGAGAAGCCAAGCAGAUCUUACUUAAGAGAAGAGCAGAGGAAGCAGAACGGAGGGCUGCGUGACGAUGAUGAUGAGGAAGAGCGGGUGGAGGAAGAGGAGGAGGCUAUCGCCAAACAGCACAGGAAACCCGAGAGGACGCUCAGCGGAGGCGGCGCGCGCUCCCCCGAGGCGUCGGCCGACGACGGGGAGGACGACGACGACGACGGCCGCCCGGAGGCCGAGCGCAAGCCGGAGGAGCCGAAGCGCCGCCGCGACGACGCCGAGAGCGAGGAGUCGGAGCGCGUGCGGCAGAAGCAGCAGGAGGCCGAGGCCCAGAUGGAGGAGCUGAAGAGGAAGAGAGAGGAGAGGAGGAAGGUGACGGAGGAGGAGGAGAGGCAGAGGAAGCAGGACGAGGCCGAGAGGAAAGCCAGAGAGGAGGAGGAAAAGAGGAAGAUGAAAGAGGAGAUCGAGAGGAGGAGAGCAGAGGCGGCCGAGAAGAGGCAGAAGGCGGAGGACCCGACGGACGGCGAAGGAAAACCCUUCAAGUGCGUCAGCCCUCGCGGCUCUUCCCUCAAGAUUGGAGAGCGGGCUGAAUUUCUCAACAAGUCAGCGCAGAAAAGCACAGUAAAGACGUCCCCUUCCCCCGUGGUGUCCAAGAUCGACAACAGACUGGAGCAGUACACCUCGGCCGCUCAGAGAGAGAACAAGGAGUCGCGAUCCCCUCGCCCGGGAGCCGCGGAUCUCCCGGCGGUGACCGACAGCAUACGAAACAUCAAGAGCAUGUGGGAGAAAGGCAACGCGUUCAGUUCGCCGGGAAGCGGCGGCAGCGCCUUCAAGGAAGCAGCCGCGAUCAAGACGGGCGUGGCGGGCCGCAUCAACGACUGGCUGAAUAAAACCCCCGAGAGCGGCAAGGCGGCGGCAGGGAGGCCAUCGGACCUGAAGCCCGUCGACGUGACCAACAAGAGGAGUUUAUGGGAAAACAAAGGCUCCUCUCCGGCCAAGGUGGCAGGAAGAGGCGAGACCAAAUCAGUCAGCAACGGUACGGGCCACUGAAGCCCAGGAGGAGCCACGACUAUCCCAGCCUUGGGCUCGACGACCAAAUAUCGACCACAAUCCCAAAGAGGGACCCUGAGAAAAGAAAAAGUGUGGGGGCGGGGACACACAUCUCAGCAUUGUACACAAACAUGACUAGGUUUUUCCACGGUGGCCACUUUAGGUGCCUUUGUACGUUAUUUGCUUUCUAAAAGAAACCAAAUGCUGUGAAAAUUGGAUAUUACGACGGCGAAAUCCUAAAAUGUAAUCGCAGCGAAGUUGAGAGGAGAUUCCUAAGUUUUCCCGGGGUGACACCCCCUCGUAAAGUUCCAUUCCAUCUCUUUUUAAUUUAUAUUUAAAGCAAAAGCUUCACGCAUUUUAUGAUUUUAUCGCAACCACACGAGGAUAGAAAUAUAAGCACUUGUAGAGUUUAGCCGGAGUCACGUUUAUUACGUCUCACGAUAGCGCGGCAACGGUCCGGGUCACGUACAGUACGUUAGCGCGUAUACGGUCAUCGUACAGUAUUUUAUCUAACAUCCUUACUUAUACUCGCAACAAAAUUGUAUUGUUGCUUUUUUUUUGCUUUUGAAUCCAUGAACAUUCCACCAACAGACAGCGUCGUCAUACAAAAGGCCAUUAGGACUUUUUAGGAUCUUAUUUAUGUUGCGAUUUUUGUAGCUUCAGACAUUCCUCUUUAAAGCAGGUGCACGUGAUGCCUUCAAACUUUUUCUAUGUCAAUGUAAGAAGAAAGGCAAAGCGGCCGUUUGACCUUUGACAUUAAAAAAAAAAAAGAAAGUAUGGCUUUUACGCACGCUCGAGUAGAAACGAGGGCGCGAGGACGAGCCGCUACGUACUUUAUGGGGCCUCACGACGGCGACGAGAAGAUUUGGAACGAGGAUUCCUCAGUCUCCAUUCGCUCGGAUGGAUUUCAGUCGCCGCUCCGAAGUCAGACAAUCACAUUCCACGGCCUCCGAAAAGAGCAGGACCAAAAUAUGUUGUCCUUUACGAACGCGUUUCAAUGUUUGUUUUUGAAUGUUUUGUCCACGUUUCUUUUGUAUUUUCACGCUUAACCAGCAACUCGGCGAAAGCGACGUAACGCGCCUCGUCGUACGCGAACAACGUUCCCAAUGUCACGCACGCUUCCGAGCGGACGAAUGUUCGGAAAGCAUCGUACCGCUGUCAACUAGCGACGGAAAUAAAGACAUUUGAGAUCGGA